UAUAAACGGCAGUUCCUUCUUAUCAGUCAAUUAUUUCUGAGCAAACAGUCAAAGACGACAAUCAUGAAGGCACUGGUUGUCUCACUCCUCCUUUUCGUUGCUACGGCUAGCUGUGGAUCAACCUAUAAUGAUAUACUUUUGAAGUUGGGGAGGAAAGAAUCUGUCCUUGAUAGCGAACUCAACGCCUUAGCUCACGCUGACCCCGAAGACCUUCCUGUCGCGGUGGGGAAUCUAGUCCGUAGUAUUCCUACUGGACAGCACCUUUGCUGCCGUAAUAAGCCAGUGAUCAUUGAAACUAAGUCGAGGAAGGUCCAACGAGUGCGUGCUGUGGUAGACACAGUGGCUACGUCACAUAAAUGUGGAUUGCUCAGUACAGGACACUGCACCAAUACAGAUGAAGUUUACAGACAGCAGACGUUCUACGUGACAGCAUACUACACACAGGUGAGAUCCGGGGACUGUCCUGAUCGUCAUAUCGUCUGCUGCAACAUGUACAUCAUGGUUGCAGAAUCAUGUGUUCAUCUGGAUGACCUCCAUGAACUGACGAUGCAACUUAUUGGCUAAUAGCUAUGUAUUUGUUACAGAGAAAAAAUAAACAUCAUAUUCAAACCUU